AUGAGCCAUCCUAUGCACCUACACGGUCACAAUUUCUGGGUGCUCGGGUCCGGUAACGGCUCUUUCCCAUAUGAUUCCGCGAAGGACGCCCCAGAAUCCUUAAUAAAUCUCCGAAAUCCUCCUUAUCGUGACACGACUAAUCUUCCUCCGUCAGGAUGGGCCGUGAUCCGUUAUGUUACGGAUAAUCCCGGCGCCUGGAUCUUUCACUGCCAUAUCCAGUGGCACAUGUUGGUAAGUACAAAUGCUAGACCAUCGUUCCUCAAUAAUCCCAAGAAUUUUGGUCUUGCUGACAUUACCUUCUUUUCCUUCGCAAGAGCGGCAUGGCACUUGUUCUUGUUGAAGGGCAGGAUCAAUUUCCCGCCCUGA